GGAGGCGGUUUGUUUAUGUGAGUCUGUGCUUAGGCUAAACAGCAUGGCUCAGUCUCAGGUGCGGUUGGGCGGCCUGCUUUUACAACAUCAAUAUGGAGAGAUUGUGGAGAAUGUCGGCACUUUCUUGGCUUCCAAGGGAUCUUUUGCACUCAGGGAUAUCACAGAUGGCACCAAACUGGGAGUGAAUGAGGUAAAGAAAGCUUUGUGUGUAUUGAUCCAACAUAACAUGAUGGACUUUGAAAAGAACAGACGUGGUCUAAUUGAGUACACUGUUCACAUCAACAAGGUGCUACUCAUCACAAGAUAUCCCAGAUAUAUCUACUGUGCCAAGACACUGUAUGGAGAUGUGGGUGAGUUCCUUGUGGAGGAACUGCUGAGUCAUGGACAGAUGCUGAUGAGCCAGGUGUGCAGGAGGGUGUCUGAUCGCAUUACACAGGCUUUGGAAGAAGGCCAGUCGAUGGAUGAGUUCCAGGUGAGGAAGACAUUUGUUGAGCUUGUGAAGACACACUUCUUACAGAGAGUGGCAUCACCUCCAUCAGACAGCGGAGACAAUGCAGAUUCAGAGACAGAACUGCAGGUCAUGGAGAAAGAGAUGUUCCUCAUUCCACCUGCCAUGGAUAUCGAUUAUAGUAAAGUUCACUCCAGUGUGACUUCUAGCAGCAAAAGGAAAAGAGAAGAUGGGGAGGAGGGCGACAAGGUUGCUAAGAGACCUCGCAGUACAUCUCCUCUGUCUGAUGAAAAAAAUGAGGAUGCUCCAGACAAAGGUGUUUAUUGGCACGUCAACUUCACCAGAUUUCACCAGUUUUUCCGGGACCAGUCGGUCCUGUCUGCUGUCAAUAGUAAGAUAGACAGGUAUGCGUGUGAAAUCGUACGGACAAUGUUGCGCAUCAGUGAGAAAACAACAGUGCCCUUAGCACCGACCACACAUCCCAUGUCAUCUCAUGAGAUCUUCCAAAACUUGCCACCAGAGCUGGACUUAAACAGGCAGACUCUUGGGGAGUAUUUGACUCUGUUAGCUGAAGACAAGACAGAGAUUGUGAACAAAGCAGGAGAGAGUGGAGGAGGAAUGUACGUCCUCAAUAUGCAAAAAGCACUGGAGACCCUUUGCAAAGCCAGCAUUGAAUCUGUUGUGCAAGAAAGAUUCGGGUCCAAGUGUUCACGAAUUUUCCGUCUGUUACUGAUGAAACGUCACCUAGAGCAGAAACAGGUUGAGGAUAUGGCCAUGAUUCCAGCCAAGGAAGCUAAAGAACUGCUGUACAAGUUGUUCUCUGAGAACUUUGUUACCAUGCAGGAAAUCCCAAAAACUCCAGACCAUGCGCCGUCUCGGACUUUUUACCUGUUCGGCAUCAACAUGCACCAGGUCAGCAGGAUGCUGCUGGACAGGUGUUACAAGGCAAUGGGGAACCUCAUCAGCAGGAGAGAGCACGAGAACACAGAGAACAGGCGGCUAGUUGAGAAGUCUCAGAGAGUGGAUGCCAUUGCUGCAUCCCUGCAGAGCUCUGGUGCUGACACCACACAGAUGUCUGAAGUGGAGGAGAUGAUCACCCCUCCCGAGAGACAACAGCUCAACAAGCUCAAACAUGACAUCAGCAAAUUAGAACAGAGUGAACUUCAGCUGGACGAGACUAUUUUUCUGCUGGAGAGUUACCUCCCAGGUUCAGCGGCAAUGGUCAUGUACUAGACAAUUGACAUAUACCCGGUAGGAUAUCAGAAGAUUGUACAGCCAUGUACUUGACUGACUUCUGAGUUGUGACAAAAAUGUAUCCAUCUGAUAGCUAAGAAAAAAAAAAUGCAACCAGAAAGAAUCCAAGCAUGACUUAAUACAUUGUGACAGUUACAACUUACUGUACAAUGUACUUUUUUAAAAACAUUCAAUAUCAUAGUUAUUACAUUCUUUGCUGCUUUCUGCAAUGUUUGUUUCAACCUUAUUGACAUAAUGAGAAUCACAAAUCAUUUGAUGGUUCUCCAUGUCAUUGUACGUUUUCAAUUUCGUGAUUGUU